AUGCCAACCGUGACAGAUAUUUCAGGGACUAGCGUCUUCCCAUCUACAAUGGCGUCAGACCAAGAUUCUUGUUCAGAUGAAGAACCAGACAGUGAGAUGCUGAGCGAUGAUUUGUGUCUCCCGGAUAGCGAUGACGACAGACAGUCUGCUAGAAAUGUUCAGCAUCUACCCGAAGACUUACCGCAUCUCAACUCUUGUGUGCUCCGUCCACCUCGAAAGCUUUUUACCAACUGCCGGGAGCGUUGGCGACAACAGAACGUCAGUGGGGCCUUUGCUGAAUUAAGGCGGCUGGUGCCGACACACCCACCAGAUAAGAAGUUGUCGAAAAAUGAAAUUCUUAGAAUGGCCAUAAGGUACAUAGGUCUUCUCUGCGAAGUCCUAGAAUGGCAAAAGACUCACGGCCUCUCAAUGAAUAAAGAAAACUCAGCAAGUCUUGCAAUCAAGUGCGAAUCUCCUCUUAGUCCACAAUCAAGAAGACUUCGUCUAAAACGUCCAUAUCUUAGUGAUGAUGACGGUCCAAGAGCGAAGAUCUACCAUGAAACGAAUGACUAUCAAAGAUAUGGGAAUGAAGAAAAUGAAGAGAUUAAGAGGAACUACCAAAGAACGGUUGGAACACGACCAGAGUUCGUUUUCGCAAAGGAACAUUUAAGAGUUCUAAGAAACCAGUAUUACUUCUCACCAAGAUGGCGACAAAAUAUGCCUUUCAGAAACUUAGCUGACAGAAACGGAAAUAACUUACUUAUGAUUGCUCCAGCUCAGAAUUGCAAAGAGGAGAGCGAUAGGAAAAUGCACAACGGACAUGGCAGUAAAGAGAAGAUAGAUAAAGACGGCAAAUGA